AUGCUGACCAGUUUCAUGGAUGGUCUUCUAUGCUGCCUGACUGGAAAGUCGGCAAAUGUUGUGGUUCCGAUUGAAGCCUCAGAACCCGCCGAUGGCUAUGAGUUUGUGGAGGUGAAACCGGGCCGGGUCCUGCGGGUGCGGCACAUCAUUCCCGACAGGCCUGUGGUGGAGGAACCUAGUGGGCAGGGUGGAAGAAUCAGCUGUAAACGUAGGAUCACAGUGUACCGCAACGGGCAGCUGCUGAUUGAGAACUUGGGGGAGAGAGCCAGGACAGAGCUGACAAACGGCCAGAAUGGAGAAACGGAGCCCGACAACAUGGUAGAGGUGGAGCUGUCUGACAACCACAGCUCCUCACCACCUGCCUCUAACCCUGAGGCAAAGGCUGACGCUGAGACAGCAGGUAAAGAAGGAAUCUCCGAGCCGGGGGGGCCAGGUGGUCCGGGGCAACUUGAGCAGUCGCAGCCACCCAGGAGACACAGGCGGAAGCCCAAACGCACGGUGGUGAUCGACUGCGAGAGGAAGAUAACAUCGUGUAAAGGGACACACUCAGACGUGGCGUUGUUCUUCAUCCAUGGGGUGGGAGGCUCGCUAGAUAUCUGGGGCAGCCAACUGGACUUCUUUUCACGGUUGGGCUAUGAGGUGAUCUCCCCAGACCUGGCCGGUCAUGGAGCCAGUUCUGCGCCCCAGAUAGCUGCAGCGUACACCUUCUAUGCCUUGGCUGAGGACAUACGGCUAAUCUUCAAGCGAUAUGCACGCAAGAGAAAUAUUCUUGUCGGACACUCUUAUGGUGUGUCAUUCUGUACCUUCCUGGCUCAUGAGUAUCCAGACCAGAUCCAUAAGAUGGUGAUGAUAAAUGGAGGAGGUCCCACAGCUCUGGAGCCAAGCCUCUGCUCCAUCUUCAACCUUCCCACCUGUGUGCUGCACUGCCUUUCUCCUUUACUGGCCUGGAGCUUUCUCAAAGCUGGAUUUGCUCAGCAGGGUGCAAAGGAGAAGCAGCUGCUGAAGGAGAACAACGCCUUCAAUGUGUCGUCGUUCGUGCUGCGUGCCAUGAUGAGUGGGCAGUAUUGGCCGGAGGGCGAUGAGGUGUACCAUGCUGAACUCACAGUUCCCAUCCUGUUGGUACAUGGCAUGCACGACAAGUUUGUCCCCAUUGAAGAGGACCAGCGCAUGGCUGAGAUCCUUUUGAUGGCCUUCCUGAAGAUCCUUAAUGAUGGCAGCCACAUGGUGAUGAUGGAGUGUCCUGAGGCAGUCAACACACUCCUCCACGAGUUCUUCCUCUGGGAGCCUGACACCCCACCAAAGAAAGAGCCUAAAGCCCGUCCAGAGACUGCCAAAGCUCGACCUGACAACGCUGAGGCCACACUCAACAAUCCCAAGAUCCGACCUUCAACUGCCUCAUCAAAUGGCGGCACACAGGGGACAACAGACAACAAAGCCAAAAAAUAA